AUGUCAUCGCCGUCGUCGGAAGCACCGUGGAUCCCCAUCGCCCGCCGGAAACAGGCCGAUCGAGCCGCCUGUAUCCCUGCGAAAUGGCGCCUCCCGCCGAACGUCAUUCCGAGAGACCCGCCUGAGCUCCGGGACGGUCCCCAGAAUGUCAUCAAUAUUCCCCGUCAGUUCCUUUCCGGAUUCGAGAUCUCCGUCACCGAGGGUUACACUAUCCCGAGACUUCUCAAGGCAAUUUCAUCUCAGGCCGUCUCCGCCGUCCAAGUUGCUGAGGCCUUCUGCCAUCGUGCCGCAAUCGCACAGCAGCUCACGAACUGUCUCACCGAUCCACUGUUCGAUGCCGCCCUCGAGCGUGCCGCGUUUCUCGACAAGUACCUCAAAGAAAAUGGCAAGCCAUUUGGUCCGCUCCAUGGACUUCCUGUUUCGGUGAAAGACACGUUCAAUAUCGCCGGCGUCGACUCAUCUAUGGGCCUAGCGUACUUAUGCUACAAGCCCGCUACGCAAAAUGCGCCUCUCAUCGACCUUCUGCUCUCUCUCGGAUGCGUCAUCAUAGCAAAGACAAACAUCCCACAGACUCUAGCGAGUUUGGACUCCGUCAACAACGUCUUCGGCCGAACCAUGAAUCCCAUCAAUCGGCUAUGCACCGCAGGCGGUUCAUCCGGCGGAGAGGGUGUGAUGGCUGCCAUGAAGGGCUCCAUGAUUGGCAUCGGCACAGACAUUGGUGGCAGUAUCCGUAUCCCGGCUAUGUGCAAUGGAGUCUACGGGUUUAAGCCCUCGAAUGGUCGCGUACCAUACGGUGGGCAGGUUCUAACGGGUAUCGAAGGGAUGAGUCGCACUUCGGUCCAAGCCGUGGCAGGGCCCAUCGGGCGCAGCGUCGAAGACAUUGAUACUCUCCUGCGAGAGGUCAUGCCUCGUGCCGCGUUAUGGGGAGAAGAUUGUAUGCCGACGCCGUGGUCUCUCACACCUCGCAACACUCGUGCUUCGGGAAGCGGCAAGAAUGGUGAACUAGUCGUCGGGGUGCUUCGGAGUGAUGGAAAUUGCAGUCCUCAUCCACCCAUCGUCAAUGUUCUGGACGAAGUCGCCUCUGCCCUCGCGAAAAUGGGCAACGUCAAGGUUAUCCCUAUUGAAACUCCCAAGGCAUUGACAAAGGCCCAGUCCGUCAUGAACAAACUCAUGGGCGUCGACGGGUCCGGUCCGAUGGCGGACAUGAUCGAGGCCACGGGGGAGCCACUCGUUCCGUGGACAGCGUCUCGUUUCAAAAGAGGCAAUCCGCGAUCACUCACGCAGGUUGCGGAGUUUCAAGCACAGCGGGCCCAGCUUGAGCGUGAGAUGCUGAAGAUAUGGGUUGAGGAUGACGAGCACGGCCGCAGGAGACAGAAGAUCGAUGCGAUCGUAUGCCCCGUGGCGCCGCAUCCCGUGCCACCUAUUGAUCGAUACAAUGCGGUCGGCAUAACGAGCAGUUGGGUGCUGCUUGACUAUCCAGCUGGAACAGUGCCGUUGCGCCAGGUCAUUCAGAGUGAUCUGCAACUUGGAAGGACCCAAGGCGGAAAGAUCUUGAGUAGCUGGGACGAGAGGAAUCGUGAAUUAUGGGACGAGGGCAAGAUCGAUCGUAGGAUGUACCUGGGUACACCUCUCAGCGUUCAGGUCGUUGUGCCGAAGCUGCAGGAUGAGAAGCUCAUUUCAGUUAUGGGCUGGGUCGACGAUGCUUGUAAGGCAAGUAGUGGUAUCAAGCAGAAGCUGUAA